GUUGAAGAGAAACAUACCUCAGAUUCCAGACAGACGUGAAUAGAUCUCCUGCAGAUUCCCAACACAAACUUGCAUCCGUAUUUGUGAAAUUAAAAAAAACCCAAAGAAAAGAUGGAAUUGGAGAAAUUAUCCAGCACGGAAGAGGGAGAAAUGUUGAGCAAUGGGAAUCACUUGGGGGAGUUGAACCCGGAGAAGAUGAUGUUGAACGAUGGUUAUGAAGCCUGUGAAUCCACUGCAGCCGAAUGUGAAGAGUUCCUGCCUCACCUCUCCGAGAAGAAACAGAUCCAGUUCACAGACUUUGAAGGCAAGACCUCGUUCGGGAUGUCUGUCUUCAACCUCAGCAACGCCAUCAUGGGCAGUGGCAUUCUGGGCCUCGCCUAUGCCAUGUCCAACACAGGCCUUGUCGUGUUUGUAAUCUUGUUGAUAUGUAUCGCCAUGCUGUCUGCUUACUCCAUCCACUUACUCCUCAGGUCGGCCGGAUUUGUCGGAAUCAGGGCCUACGAGCAGCUAGGCCACAAAGCGUUCGGGCAGCCUGGUAAAAUCGUCACUGCUGUCAUCAUAUCGUUGCACAACAUUGGAGCCAUGUCGAGUUACCUAUACAUCGUGAAGUAUGAACUCCCGCUUGUCAUUCAGGCUUUCCUUCAGCUACAAGAGAACAACCGAAUGUGGUACAUGAAUGGGAACUAUUUAAUUGUUAUUGUCAGCAUCCUCAUCAUUUUGCCUCUUGCACUCAUGCGUCAGCUCGGUUACCUGGGGUACACCAGCGGUUUUUCAUUGAGCUGUAUGGUCUUUUUCUUGAUCUCGCUGAUCUACAAGAAGUUUCAGAUCCCGUGCCCGCUGCCUGUCUACGGAAAUGACUCCCAUCACAGCCAGAUCAUUCAUUCCGACGCUAAAAACAUCACGAUCGAGGAGCAAUGUACAGCAAAACUGUUCACCAUCAACCCUGAGACGGCCUACACCAUCCCUAUUCUAGCCUUUGCUUUCGUGUGUCACCCAGAAGUUCUCCCAAUCUACACUGAGCUCAGGAGCCCAACUAAGCUGAGGAUGCAGAAAGUUGCAAACGUCUCGAUCGCAGCAAUGUUUAUUAUGUAUCUCAUUACCGCCCUGUUUGGAUACCUGACCUUUUUUGGGAAUGUGGAGCCGGAGCUCCUGCACACGUUCAACACAGUCGACCCCCUGGACACGCUCAUUCUGUGUGUGCGUCUCGCUGUGCUCGUAGCGGUGACACUAACCGUACCUGUCGUCCUCUUCCCGAUCCGCCGGGCCAUCCAGCAGCUCCUGUUCUCCAGGAAAGACUUCCACUGGCUCAGGCACAUCGCCAUCGCUGUCGUGCUGCUCAUCUGCGUCAACCUGCUGGUUAUCUUCGUGCCCAACAUCCGAGAUAUCUUCGGCAUCAUCGGUGCCACCUCAGCUCCGAGUCUGAUCUUUAUACUGCCUGGUUUGUUCUACGUCCGCAUAGUGCCGAAUGACAGAGAGCCCUUGAAAUCCAGAUCAAAAAUCCAGGCUAUCAGCUUCGCGACGCUUGGAUUCAUCUUCAUGAUCAUGAGCUUGAGCUUCAUCUUCAGGGACUGGACCAGCAAUGACGGAAGAAGUCACAUCAGUGGACACUAGCCAGAAUCCCUCACCAACCUCACCACUCCCCGCCUACCCCCUUCCCCCACACCCUCACCCCUCACAGCUCUCGUUUAAGGAGGACGGGAAGGGACUGCGGGGCGAGAAGCACAGCAAGGAGGAAUGAAAUGGACCGACUGCUCUGAGACUAUACGUCUCGGCCCUCUCCUCGCCUCUCUUUUCCCCCGACCCCUGAACUACCUCUCCCCCCUUUGCCUUGGAAGUAAUCCCUAGCCCCACAUCAAACCAGGAACCCCUCUCCCUGUGUGCCCCUGCCCUCAUGGGGCAAAUGCUUGCUAACAUUCCAACGUGUCGAAAGCAGCGACAAAGGAAGAUGCCCAUGGGGUGGUAAAGGGGUGCAAGAUGAUCAAAACUAGUCGCUGAACGCCUGCAGGAUUUGCUAAUUUAUUGCGGACUGUUGCACUCGGGGUUCAGCCCCGCCAGGUGGCAGGCUCUCUAUUUAUUCAACACAGAGACAAAGACGAAAUAGGCCAACGUUUCAAAGGAUCCAUGGCCACAGACCUCCUCUUUAUCACGAGAUUGUUGUGAACCAUUCAGAUUGGAGAGAGUGGAGGGCGCUCAUGGCAAAAUGGAGGCUGAGGUGUGGAGAUUGAGGCGCUCACCACGCUGACCACAUUUCCCGGAGCUGCCCUGGGUUGGAGGUUUGGGGGUGGCAGGUGGUGCGCUGGGUGCGGCGGGGGCUGGUUUGGAUCAGCGCCCUCCCCUUCCCCAGCUCCUGUCCCCUUUCGGCGCUGCGGGCUGGCUGUGUCCAAGACCCUUUUGUCCCAUGGCUCCCAUGUGUCAAACGUGACAAAAAGGCCCAGUGAAACACUUUCUCUUAGCCCGGGGUGGCGAUGUCGUAGUGGUGUCGUCGCUGGGCUAGUAAUCCAGAGACCCAGGGUGAUGCCCUGGGGACCUUGAAUCCCACCACGGCAGAUGCUGGAAUUUGAAUUGAAUUAAGAGUCUAAUGAUAACUAUGAAACCAUUGUCAAUUGUU